AUGGUGUACAGGGGCCUCUUGGUGGAACUCGGAGACAGACUAAAAAGAAUUAUGAAUAACUACCUAAGCUUUGUCAAUGCAGCCCCGAGACGUUCCCGCUACUGCCCAGCUGUGUGGGACAAAGUGCUUUGCUGGCCGCCUAUCCAGCCCGGCUCUCUCACCAGCCAGGCUUGUCCCAGCAACCAGCACGGCCUCGACUCCACCAGUGAGUAG